UACACCGAUUGCAUAACCGUGUUAUACAAUACAUACAUCUCUACUAAACGGUUAACGGUGAACAGGCGAGGGAGUUUCGCAGGGGACUGCAUCCUCAUCCGCCCCCGGCACUGUACUGGUCGCAGUUCUCAUCUUCUUCUUCCUCCUCCUCCCCCUCUCCCUUCUGUAUUCUGCAGGGGCAGAGAGAAGUAAAAGUCUAGGUCCAGUGAGAGUCUAGACUCGCCGGAGAAGACGCGCCCACUCUUGGUUACGUUGCGCAUUUCUUGCGAAAGAAAGUAAACCUGCACCGAUCUAGUCCUGGCCGAGCAUCCAGAGGCAGGGAGGGGGGGGUUUCAUGGGAAGGAUACGUCUCUUCUAUUCCUAGAACGUCAGUUUUGAUAAACAAUCGUUUAAUGAUGGUUCUUCAAAGGAUUUUUCGUGCUGUCGUUAUGGGACCUCCGGGGUCGGGGAAAGGAACAGUGUCUGCGCGCAUAACCACAACUUUUGGAUUGAAACACCUUUCAAGUGGGGACAUUUUGAGAGCCAACAUCAACGCGAAAACCGAUCUCGGUCUGUUGAUGAAGUCCUGUAUUGAUCAGGGUCAGCUGGUACCUGAUGACGUCAUGUCCCGUCUCAUCCUGAGUGACCUGAGAGCAAUGGGCCAGAGCAGCUGGCUGCUCGAUGGUUUCCCUCGUACAGUACCCCAGGCAGAGGCUCUGGAUGACGCCUACAGUGUGGAUACAGUCAUUAACCUCAAUGUACCUUUCCAGACCAUCAAACAGAGGCUCACCUCUCGCUGGACUCACCUUCCCAGUGGCAGAGUCUACAACAUAGAUUUCAACCCGCCUAAAGUCCCUGGUCUCGAUGAUGUGACAGGAGAGCCUCUGGUCCAGAGGGAUGAUGACACACCAGAGACCGUUACAUGGAGACUGAAGGCCUAUGAAACCCAGACAGAGCCCGUUUUAGAGUACUACAGGAGUAAAGGUGUGCUAGAGACCUUCACUGGGACAGAAACCAACAAGAUCUGGCCGCAUGUCGAGGCUUUCCUCCACAGAAAACUCUCCUCCGUCAAUCAGAAAGUUGCAUAGAAAGCCUAAGGAGAGAGGCGCAAGAAGUCUUGAAGUUUACCAGCGGAAACCACUCUGUCACAUUGUCCAAUGUGCCACAAUGUCCAGGUGCCACUUUCUGUGAAACAAAAGGAAAGCCAUCUGUGCUAUAAUGGUUCAAAAUGAGGAGCAAGCAUACAGUUUAUGUCAGGUACCAAUAGUAAGACUGCAGAUGUUGUUGGGAAAAACUGAUUGCACUACUGCUGCACUGUUUCCACAAUGUUCCUGAAAUUAGUUUGGCAAACUCUCAGGACAUGUGCGUAAAAUCCUUCAAACAUUAGUUGUUAGAGUUCACACAGAUUGUAUCCCAUCUAUAAUGUGCCUUUAUAAAGCCAGGAGACACCACUGAAUCAAAUAUCACGAUCCUUCACGGUGGAACAUCAAGGUUACUUAGACUAGAGACGUCGCAAUACAACCAUAGGAACAGUUGUUACGGCAUGUUCUCUCUGGUGAAUACAACCAACCUUAAGUGAGUGAAGUUAUGAAUAAAUUUUUAACUUUUAAGGUUUGCUAAUUGCAAUCACAAGUCAUUUUGAGUUCUAUUGUGAGUAAAAGAAAGGUGUUUAUAACUGCCUUUUUGGGACUGUUCCUUAUGCAGUGGGUAAUUGCCUUAAAGGGAAAUGGGCCAUGUUCUUCUGUAAAUUCACUUUUGCCCUCAAGUGCCUUUUGCUGCUUUUUUUAAUGUACCAGGUAGCUCAGUGAAUGUAAUUUGUAAAUAGAUUUUAUGAAAAUGGACCACUGAUUGAAUAAUGAAUGAACUGACCACACUUAUUAGGCUAUAUUGAAUAUUUUAAAUUUCUAAUUAAACCAUUGUUGUACAAGUUUCUUUCAACCACCUCACGUCUUAAUAGUGUUACCUCUUAAAUAUGCCACAGUUUCCAUUUUAACCAGGCUUUCUGACCUUCUGUAAUCAUGUAUUGAUAUUUACCAUUCAAUGUGACUUGGUGAGUGAAACCUUAAUUGAAAAAUAUAAGUUAAAACAUUCAAAGCGCAGUAUGCACAGGGCUGUCAUCUUGUUAGAUGGUAUCCCCAGCAUUCAAGGUUGAGCUGCAGUUCUGUGUUUUUGCACUUUGGUCUAAAGAAUGUUUCAUCAUGUUAAAAGUAACAGAAAUGCUAACUGCCUUGCAUUGUAGUGCAGAUUUAUGCAAUGAAUGUUUCCUGAAUUCUACUGUUUAUUUCUAAACACUUGAAUACAAUGUUUAAAAGCACAUCUCCUCUUCAUAGACAACUUUCAACUAUGUCAUGAGUAUUUAUUAUGAAUCACAAUAAACUUCUGAUACUAGUUACUAUAUUUAGUAUACCAUUGUUCACCAGAAUAACAUAACUGGAUAGUUUCCUGGUCAUUGUUUUAAUUUAACAAUUUUGACAGUAACACAGUUUCCCCAAAAACAAUUAAAAGAGUAUUCCACUGAUUUAAGAUUGCACUCCCAUAACAUUGUCAUAAGGAUCAAAAUUGAUGCCGCAGAACCAGAUAUAUUUUAUUAUUCCACACAUUCUUCUUCCUUAUCAAAAGCUGGAGCCUACAUUACCCAUGAUGCCACUUGACAAUCGGUGGCGUUACCCUUUUAUAUACCCUUUUUACUGAUAGAGCCAUUUCAUGAUCUUCAAUUUUAAAUGUCAAAGAGGUCCAUUGUAUAACUAUUGCAGGGGUACAAAGAACUGUAGCAGUUGACGACAAAACACAAACAUUUAGCACUGGUUCUAUAUUGGAGUUUCUCACAGCGGCAUGAGAAGCCAAAUCUUACUGUCGCCUACUGUCAAUGAGAAAGUGUUACACCUAAAAUUUUCCUACAGUUUAUAGCUUAGUGACAGAAACUCUUACACCAAGUCUUACACUCUCAAAUUUUGUGAUAAGGAUAAAAAAGACAAAACAAAAAAAACAACAAGAUCUACAGUGCAUUCAAAAAGUAUUUAGACCCCCU